AUGUCUGACUUGGACCUCGCGACAGUAGAAGGUGUUCUCGUUUACCUCCUUGACACACCCUUCGCAAGCGACGCAGUGACGCCCCUCACUGGCGGCUUUGGCAACUAUGCCUUCCGAGUCCACCUCCGUACACCGUAUGACGGACGUAGGACCGUUGUCCUCAAACAUGCGAAGGCGUACGUCCCGGGUCUGAGGACGCUGGCUUUGUCCCUCGACCGCCAGAUUUAUGAGGUAGCCGCACUGGAACGGGUGAAAGAAUUGCUGCCCCCGGAUUCGCUCCUGUCCGUCCCGGAGGUCCUCCGCUUCGAUGAGGACGCGAACGCGAUCAUCAUGAGCGACUGCGGUGAGGGGAUAUAUACACUCAAGCAGUUGCUGCAGAGCCACACUCCUUCCGCGAAGAUAGCGAGAGAGAUCGGAGAGGCUUUGGGCGUGUUCAUCGGGCGCUUGCAUUCGCGAGGGGCUUCUGAUCGGGAUUUCCUCGACACGUUCCAAGGAAAUGUGGACGGGAGAAAGACCUCUGCGUUCGUGACAUAUGGUAGGCUGGUGUCCACCUUCACGACCGACCAACUGCCUAUGCUUUCCGAUCCACCAUUCGAACUGCCCGAAGGUCGGUUGGAAGCCAUUUCGGCGGUGGCAACCAAGACUAUAAACGGAAUGCUCACCACUGACGAGACUGUUGUGAUGGGCGACUUCUGGCCGGGAAACGUCCUCGUCAGCCUGCGACGUGACGAUGGGGACGAAGCAGCAGUCGAGCGCAUCUAUGUGGUAGAUUGGGAAAUGACGAAACCUGGCUUAGCAGGUCUGGACGUGGGGCAGUUCUGUGCGGAGCUGCUCCUAAUCUGCAGGUUCAACCCUUGGGGGGAAGACGCGGCGUCAGCUGUGAUGGCGUCAUUUCUGCAGGCAUACCGAGGGGUUUACCCUGUCGACCUCCUUGGAGCGAAGACGGCUUUGGUGCAUAUCGGGGCGCAUUUGAUCGCGUGGACGCCAAGGAUCCCGUGGGGUACGAAGGAGAAAAUCAGAGAGGUCGUGCAAGAGGGGGUAGCAUAUCUGGUUGACGGAGCUCAAUUGGAUGAGGACUACAUUAGGGAGUCUGUAGUUGGCGCGUUGCUAUAA